UCGACAUCUUCUCCUUAUCAUAAAGACAAAACGUUCACUUUCCUUUAGCCCUAUUCCCAUUUUUCUUAUUUCAUCUUUAACAACCUUUCAUUGCUAUAUAUUCAUCAUAGUCACACAAACCCAUUUAUCUCAUAAUCUCCCAGCUUUUAGAAGCCAUGGCGUUUCUAAGAACCAAUAGCCUUUGUUUCUUCCUCUUCACGGUACUCCUCUCUUUCUCUACGUUCUUUACCGAUGCAAGGAGGUUUGAAGUCGGAGGGAGCGGCGCGUGGGUUCCAAAUCCGCCGGAAAAUUACGGAUCUUGGGCUGGAAAGAGCCGGUUCCUAGUACACGACACACUAUAUUUCAGCUAUGCUAAGGGAAUGGACUCGGUGCUAGAGGUGAACAAGGCUGAUUACGACGGGUGUAAUACCAAGAAUCCGAUCAAGAAAGUUGACGACGGAGCUUCAGAGAUCUCGCUUGAACGUUCUGGUCCGUUUUACUUCAUCAGUGGCAAUGAAGAUAACUGUAAGAAGGGACAAAAGCUUACUGUCGUUGUCUUGUCUGUUAGAACUCCCUCUCCUCCUCAAGCCGCAGCUCCGGGAAAUUCUCCUCCGGGAUCAAUGCCACCUACGUCUUCUUCCCAUGUUUCUCCGGCCACUUCUCCACCCGCACACACACCACCUAAAUCCUCUUCCCCUGUUACUCCGUCUUCUGCUCCGGUGACUUCUCCACCGGGAUCAAUGCCACCUAAGUCUUCUUCCCAUGUUUCUCCGGCCACUUCUCCACCCGCACAUAUGCCACCUAAAUCGACUUCCCCUGUUUCUCCGUCUUCUGCUCCGGUGACUUCUCCACCGGGAUCAAUGCCACCUAAGUCUUCUUCCCAUGUUUCUCCGGCGACUUCUCCACCGGCACAUAUGCCACCUAAAUCGACUUCCCCUGUUUCUCCGUCUUCUUCUCCGGUGACUUCUCCAACGGGUUCAAUGGCACCUAAAUCAUCUUCAUCCCCUGUUUCUCCGGCGACUUCUCCACCGGCACUUAUGCCACCUAAAUCUUCUUCCUCUGUUUCUCCGUCUUCUGCUCCGGUGACUUCUCCGCCGGGAUCAAUGCCACCUAAAUCUUCUUCCCCUGUUUCACCGUCGUCUGCUCCGGUGAAUUCUCCGCCGGGUUCAAUGCCACCUAAAUCAUCCUCCGCUAAAUCUCCGGCAACUUCUCCACCUGGUUCAAUGGCACCUAAAUCUUCCUCUCAUAUGUCUCCGGCGACUUCUCCACCCGCACCUAUGCCACCUAAAUCCUCUUCCCCUGGUUCUCCGUCCUCUGCUCCGAUGACUUCUCCGCCGGGAUCAAUGUCACCUAAAUCAUAUUCCCCUGUUUCUCCGUCAUCUGCUCCGGUGACUUCUCCGCCAGCGCCACCUAAAUCAUCUUCUCCGUCUUCUGCUCCGGGAUCUUCACCGCCGGGAUCAAUGUCACCUAAAUCAUCUUCCCCUGUUUCUCCGUCCUCAACCCCGAUGGCUUCUCCGCCGGGAUCAAUGUCGCCUAAAUCAUAUUCCCAUGUUUCUCCGUCCUCUUCUCCGGUGACUUCUCCGCCAGCUCCUCCGUCGUAUGCACCGGGUUCUUCACCGUCAGGAUCAAUGGCACCAAAAUCUUCUUCCGCGGUUUCUCCAUCUUCGUCUCCCGCAGCAUCUCCUUCCUCUGUUUCUUAUUCGCCGUCAGAUUCUCCGUCAGCAUACUCGCCGUCGGAGAUGGGUCCCUCGGGAGAUGCCCCGUCGGGCUCGGCGAUGGGUCCUUCCGGAGAUGCUCCGUCGGGCUCGGCAAUGGGUCCCUCCGGAGAUGCUCCGUCAGGUUCGGCGAUGGGUCCGUCAGCCUCCGGUAAUAUCACUUCGCCGUCGGAAGCUCCAGGCGAGGAAAAGGCCUCUGCGAAUGGUAUGGCCGUUAUGUCGGUAACUACAGUUUUAAGUCUGGUUAUAGCCAUGUUUAUGUCUGCUUAAGAACACUUGGAGGCUAGUUUCAUUUCGAGUCUCUCUACUUUUUUAUUUUUGUUAAUUGUUUUCCGGAUUCCAUCGUAAUUAUGUAUUAUUGAGUAUAGUUGGAUAACUUGGAUUGUUGUUUUGUUAUAAUAAAUAAGAGUCACACUAUUGUGCUAAUA